CGGAAUAUUAACGGAAUUGAUUUCUUUAGUUCAAUUCGAUUCGAUUUGAGAAAAAAUCGCUCACCCAUAUAUAUCCCCAACGCCUGAGCUAAUGCUAAAUGCUGAAUGAAUGCAUGUAUGCCCGUCGCCAUCUAUGUCUACCGUGUCUAUAUAUGCAUGGGGUAUCUCUCUUCUUUUCGCUUUAGUACAGGCUCUCUCGCUCUCUCACAUAUUAUAUCUUCUCUUCUCUUUCGUCUUUUCCUCGUCUCAUCUCUCUCUCCUCCCAAUUUCCUUCCCCUUUACCGAUGCUGAAAAACAGCGCGACCGAUUCUUUCGCUGGUCGACGCGACUACCCGUCCUCUUGUGGGGGGAUGCAUGCAUGCAUGCUUUGCGCUCGUAUUCUUCUAUCUUCAAUGAUAGACUUGACUCCUAUGGUGUUGGCAGUGCACCUUCUCUUGUAAUAUGUCGCGUUGUAUUAUCAUUAUGCCCGUUAUUAUAAUGACAUUCCGAAUUCGAGAUCGUGGUGUAUUCUCUCACUUCGAAGGUGGUGUGUAGGUAGUGGUGUGUUAGGUAGUGUUGUAUUUUGAGGAACCGGAUGAGAGUUCCCCGAUUAGAGUUUAAGUAGGCCGUGUUGUAUUGCCAUGUAUCUAUAA